AUGGCAGCACAGGAGAUGCAACACUGGGAAUUACCAGACCCACCACCCAACAGGAAUGUCAUCCCAGAUGGUCCCGUAACGUAUGAGGUGGUAGAAGGAGCCACAAGGAAAGGUGGACAGAUGCUCCUUGGGAGUGACGGAUAUACGUACGUAGUAAGAAGAAGCAAUCCAGCUACUGGCUUUGUGAACUGGGCGUGCAAUGUGAGGUCCAAAGCUAAGCACUGUUCUGCCUGGGUGAAACAGUAUGGCGAAGAUCGUGUAACAGGAGAGAUCGCCCACAACCACCCUGCGGAUCCAACCAAACUUGGCAAGAUGAAGUGCUCUGUACUGACGAAAGCCAAAGCCGUCGUCCAGGUGUCCAGACCAGCGGGACAAAUUGCGAAGGAGGCCAUGCGGGAGUUAGCGGCGCUCAACGUACAAGUCACACAGAAACAUCGGAAUCUGACGAAGGCUAUCAACCGCAAACGCAUGGGGAUACGGCCAAAAGACCCUCUACCUAAUGAGCUUGAGUUUGAAAUAGACACAGAGUACAUCAAGUCGGACGAUUUUCUUGUCGACGACAUCAGGCUUGAUGGUGCUCGCCACAUUCUGUUUGCAACAUCAGUGCAACUGCAACUGCAACUUCUGCGGGCCAAGCGGUGGUUCAUUGAUGGGACCUUCAAGGUUGUGAGUCGUCCCUUUUAUCAGCUGAUGUCAAUUCACACCUUCAUAAAGAAAGACGACUCGGUUAAACAGGUCCCAUUACAGUUUGUCCUCAUGUCCCGUCGGCAGAAGAGGGACUAUGUUGCUAUUGUUGAGCAAGGCAGUCAUGCCAGAAGGCAAAACAAUAUCACUAGAGAAAUACGUGUGACGAACCGCAAGGAGAGAUUUGCGACAAUAUUACGUCUGAAAUCAACAUACGCACUUAAUGCUCGUCAACAACCUGAUGUCAAAAUGUACUUGUCUGCAAUCAUAUGUUGUGUGGUGAUUACUUCCUGUAUAGAAGCCAGGGGUACUCCACCCAAGAUCUCCAUACCACAGGGAAAUAACUGGCCUAAACCCCUCAUGUACAUCCGUACGGGCCAAAACCGCACGUUCUCUUGUGCUGCGACAGGGUCUGCACCACUCAAGUAUGAAUGGAGAUUCAAUGGAGAAAAGUUAAAUGCUCGCGAGAAGGAAGCUAGAUUUGACCCCAACACGGGAUCUCUGUUUAUUGGUGUGUAUUUUAACGAGCAACUGAACGGAGACUAUCAGUGCAUCGUAUCCAAUGAAUACGGCACGUCUAUGACACCAUACUUACGUAUUGCAGCAACAGUGGCCAAUGCGUUCCCUGGUGGGGAUGGAACGUUCCCAGACAGUGUGGAGGCGUACAGGAGUAAUUACUUGAAGAUGGACUGUAUCAAUGUCCCCAAGAGUGUCCCGGCAUGGACAUUCAACUGGCAGAGAGGCAAAAUGGUUUCCAACACUUUGUCAGACACCAACCCAGUGAACGUUGGAGAACGUAUGAUCAUUGACCCAAAUGGCUCCCUUCAUUUCCUGUGGGUGGAGAUGUCAGACAAUGGCUAUAUCUACGUCUGUGAGACAAAGAACGAGAUCAUCUUGAUGGACGUGAGGAACUCACACACCAUGAAACUCAAUGUGCAGUCAGGAACUGAACGAGACCGGCCCCCAGAGCUCAAGUACAGCAGUGAUGUGACAGUGAUGGCGGAGGACACUGCAGAACUGACCUGUAUCUUCACAUACUAUUCUUCUAGAGGUGAAAAGCUUGACAUUACUUGGACUUUCAAUAACAAAGAAGUAGGUAUUGGUUCAACGCUAAGGUUGCCCCAUAUCAAGGUUCCUGAUCAGAACCAGAACCAGAACAGUGAGGGAGAAUAUGUGUGUGAGGCAAAUCUGGGUCUACUACAUCCAGUUAGGGGAAAAGUGAACUUGAAAAUUACAGCGCCCCCAGAUUUCAUCAGAAACAAAGCCCCUGCCCUGACGUCAGUCCCCGUGGGUCAGGACGCAGUGUUCCACUGCGGGGCCACCUCACACAAGUCCUACAUGAAGCCCCCAGUGUGGAUGGUCAACAGCAAGCCACUGAUAGGAUGCUUUCCCAACCACUUUGACUGCGGAGCUGGUGGGGACGGCUAUUCCUACUGUAUCCCGGACACGCAGGUGUGUGAUUCCAAUCCGGACUGCCCUAACCAACGGGACGAACGGAAUUGUGGGGUAACAAUCACAUGUGAUGAGGGUACUAAAACUUGCAAGGGUCAUUGUAUCUCUGUGGACAGGGAGUGUCCAGUGGUCAUGCCAACAUGCACAUUCCCAGGAUUCGCGUGCGACAACAACAAGGCAUGUCUGCAGGGUAACCAAGUCUGCAACGGCAAAAACAACUGUGGGGAUGGCUCGGAUGAGUUGGGAUGUGCUGGCGGAGCAGUGAUAGAGCGCGGGCGGUUCCGGUUGAACAGUGAGCGUACAGAGUUGACCCUCUCAAAGGUGAUGAUGAAGGAUAUCAUGUGUUUCCAGUGCCUCGUACAGAAUGAGUAUGGGGUGCUCUUUGGCGACGGAUGCCUAACUCCUAUUGAUAAAACUGAGCUGACAAUCACUCCCAAUGACACGUACUACACGCAGCCUGACAGUGUGAUCAAUGUAGGAGUGGACGCCAUAACAGACGUUGAUUGGAUGAACCAGAUGGCCUUCAUAUGGUACUGGUACCGGCCCAAGGUCGUAGAGAGUGGGCCCAACGAGGGACAGGAGAUAAUUGUACGAGAGCAGCUUCCGCCAACAGACAUGUACAGGGACUAUUUCUUCGUAUCUCUGACUGGCAAAAAUCUGACCAUCACGAUACCGAAAGUAGAUCGCGAGGCAUCUGACAAGACCCAAUAUGACCUGUACAACGUACUGACUACAGACAGAAUAUUCCAGGUCGUUGUGGCACAUAAAUACGACUCUGUGGAGCGCAAUUUCACCGUCACUGGAGAAAAAGUAGAUCCACCAAAUAAAAUUGAGCUGACAAUCACUCCCAAUGACACGUAUUACACGCAGCCUGACAGUGUGAUCAAUGUAGGAGUGGACGCCAUAACAGACGUUGAUUGGAUUAACCAGAUGGCCUUCAUAUGGUACUGGUACCGGCCCAAGGUCGUAGAGAGUGGGCCCAACGAGGGACAGGAGAUAAUUGUACGAGAGCAGCUUCCGCCAACAGACAUGUACAGGGACUAUUUCUUCGUAUCUCUGACUGGCAAAAAUCUGACCAUCACGAUACCGAAAGUAGAUCGCGAGGCAUCUGACAAGACCCAAUAUGACCUGUACAACGUACUGACUACAGACAGAAUAUUCCAAGUCGUUGUGGCACAUAAAUACGACUCUGUGGAGCGCAAUUUCACCGUCACUGGAGAAAAAGUAGAUCCACCAAUGCACAAAAAUGAGAAGAAGGCAGACAACAACCCAGAACAGGAACUGGAAGAGAAUGUUUUCCAGGAUGUGGGCAGAGUUGAUGACUUGUAUGACGUUUCCAUAGAUGGGGAGACCGGUUUGAAUGCAGAGGCGCGGCCUUUGACCAGCGGCAUAGAUGAGACAGGCUUUCGGAACGGGAGUGAAGUCAUGGAGAACGGGUCGGAUAAUAUUCAGACACGGCCUUUGAGUUGUGGCAGGGAGGAUGCAGACUGUGGAAAAGGCAGUGACUUCGUGGAUACUAUUGAGAGGCGGCCUAUGAGUUGUGGCAGGGAGGAUGCAGACUGUGAAAAAGGCAGUGAUUUCGUGGAUAUUAUUGAGAGGCGUCCUUUGAGUUGUGGCAGGGAGGAUGCAGACUGUGGGAAAGGAAAUGAAUGCGUGGAGGACGGGUCGUUCAUCGGAUAAUAUUGAGAUAUGAAGGGUUAUCAUAGAUCGAAGGACGCAAUUGUGUAGGAUUCACUGAUUUAGUCUAUUGUAAUUACUUAUUGUUGUAAUGUUUCCAUCUGUCUUUGAAAUGACACUAUGAGGGUUAUGAAAUGUUCAACAUCAUGAUAGGAGAAACGAUGGCUUGACUAUACUUCGUUGGUAAUUAUAUUCCGUCUUCACAAUCGCAGUAAUCAAAGUUGUGAAAAUCGUCAAACAUGGUGAAUCAAAUGAGAUUGAUAAAGAGCUUUCAAGUACCAUUGGUUGCUUUUUUGAAUACUCGUUUAUCAGGUUCUUUGAUUAGUUGAUAUGAUAUCAUUAAAGUAUAUACGACAUCUUCAAAGAUCUGUGCAGGUUUUAAUUUCCAUUUCUUUUUAAACUUACAGCACAUAAUUUUAAAUAAAGCAAAUGAUUGGAAUAGAAUGUGUUGAUCUUGUUCAUACAAGUUCACACUAUGACAUUUCCAAUUUGUAAAUAACAUGAUUGUUAUGUAUCUUUACCUACAAACAGGUCUGAGAGCUAAGAAAUGAAAGCUUUAAAAACGCAUUUACAUAUGUUUAAAAGUCUUUGAUGUUAAAGAGAAAGAAAGAAAUGCUGAUCAUACAUAGAUAAUUUUUAGAUGUAAACGACACAAAGUAAUUUUUAGUAUAAUAUAUUUUUUGUUAUAAAUCAAUCCAAAAAUGAUACAGUGUAUAUUUUUGCACAUACUGGGUGCAUAGAGCAUUACCUUUCACUACUAUUCCAGAGGUUAAUGUUAUAUGUUCGAUGGCUAUCCUGAAUAUACAACUUUUUUUGGUGAUGAAACCCGGUCAUAAAUUAAAUAUAUUUUAAACUGGCGUUCUAACUUGAUAGCUUUAAAUUUCACUACUUUAAAUGCAAAUGCAUAAUAUUCAAAUAAUUUUCAUUGACAUUCAAAAUUUUAUUUUGUAUACUAAGGAAUAUUGUACAAUGUUUUGAUAUUAUUUAAGUGUUCAACAAUACGAUUGGAUGCUGUAAUGAUUCAUUUUGCGUGUGUCAGGAAAUGUGUUUGUAAUUUAUGUUGCUUUGUUGAUUGAAUGCUAUGUAGAUGUUAUAAGAAUUAUGAUGCUUCUGUCUUUCUUUCUCCAAAAUAAUUAUUGUGUGGGUCUUUCAUGACAGAUUUCAUCAUUGUUUAAAUUGAGAAUAUUAUUUUAUUAAAACAAAAAUGUCGAAAAUACAAAAUAAUAAUAAAAAGCAUUUUUGUAACUGUUGAGGACUAACUAUAGUUCUUUGUGAUUAAAAUCAAUAACUUAAUUAUUCUGGAUUGAGAUAUAGUAUAGAAGAUAGCGUUCACUUAUAUUUGUACAAUUUAGUAUUGUAUUAAAAUGUUUAUUUAAUAUAAAGGAUCAUAUUUAUAGGAAGCAUAAGCUUCAUAAUGUUUUUUGUUAAAUGUACAAACUUUUAAACUUAUGCUACCUUCAAUGAUAGACAUAGCAUCAAACUAAGUGCAUUUAAAAAGAAGAAUGUUGUGAGCGAUGUUGGUACCUAUAUACCACAGGAUAGAAAUAAGCACCAGUAGUGAAUUAAGUUGAUAAAGGUUUAGACCCUUUGCUUCAACUGUAAACGGCCAGUUCAGUUAACCGACAGAUCUUUAAAGGUAAAUAAAUUCAAUAUAAAAGGAAACAUUUUUCUCAAGAAACCAAAAAUUAUUUGAUUAUAUUAUUUAGAAUUUAGACAUAUUUUUAAUUUUCAGUAUUUCAUUUACUAAAAUAGUCAGUAUACUAAAGUUAAUGACUGAUAUCUCUUAUUUUUGUUAGUUUGCUUUAAAUAUUUUUGUAUUUGUUUCUGCCAAAUGUCAUUAUAAUAAUGUGUUAUGAAAUCCUCUCAAAGUCUCUUGUAAUAGUUUCGCUUAUCAACACCUUGAAAUAUUAUGUAAUUAUUAUGUUUUAACCUGUUCAAUUCGGCACUAAUAUAUGCUUAUUUUUUACUUUUGAUAAUUCCAGAAGUUCAUGUUCAUAUUCAUAGUUUGUCACUAUAUUAGCUUAACAACACCAUUGCAAUGCUGUAUCUCCAUCAAAGGAGUGAGGUUUAGCUCACUCGAAAGCAACACAAACAUAUUUUUAAACCAAAUAUGUUUUCUUUAUAACGUUUAGAUCAAAGAAACUUCAUGAAUUUAUAUCUGAAUGUUUGAAUCAAUAAGAAAACUCUAGUUAUAUUGAAUCGUUUGUUUGCAAAAGAUAAGAUUAAAUGGCCUUAUUUUACUUUUUAAUAGUUUAUAAUUAUCCGUCCAAAAUAUAUAUAUUAUUGUAAGAAUGUUAUAUCCUCAUGUAAUGAAAAUUAAAUUUUCUUUAUCAUUGCUAUACCUGCAAGAAAUGUCAUAAGAUAGAUAUAGACCUGUUUUUAAGUGACAAUAAUAGCUUUUAAAUUAGAAAAAGGCUCAAAUCGGACAAAAAUAGACUUGACAUUUAAAACCCAACAUUAUUAUGUGCAAACAAUUUACAUUAGAGGUUAAGUAUUAAAUUGUAUCAUGUGCUUGCAAUAUGUGUAUCAGGUACAAUAAUUGCACAUUCAACUCAUUCUUUGACUGAACCAACAAUAUACUUCACUAUAUACUUUUUAUUUGAAUGCUAAAUGUAACAAUUUCAUUAUUAUUGUAAAAAAAUUAAAUAUAUGUUGUAUGUUUGCCCAAUCGAAACACAUUCAAUAAUCAAGUGACUAAUGUGAAAUAUAUUUAUAUAUAUAUAGAAAAGUAAUAACAUAUAAAUGUGGCAGUGUUUCAUGAUUGGUUCAUGAAUAUUUAAAUAUGUGUGAGUUGAUCUUGAUCCCAUAUAUAUGUUUUAAUAAAUUUUGUACAUUUGAUUUUAGCCACAUGUAAACAAAAUAAGUUGAUUAAGAGUUUCAUGUUAUGAUUGACAUCAAUAUUUUCAGAGUCAAGUAUUUCAACUCAUCAAUUAUGUUUACUCAAAUUAAGGAUCAACGUUUGUUUUGCGAGGAUUGCAGUAUGUAUUCCCAUCUGAUGUUGUACUCACAUGAACAAUUGAUAAGUAUAAUUUGAGGAAUUGAUGAUUUCACCGUUAUACUGUAUUGUAUUGUGCAUUCUUGUAUUCUGUCUGAUGUAGUGUGACGUUAACUCCUAUAGAAAUCAUGCUUAUUUUAUUUCCAAGAGAAUUAAUUCAAAACUAAUACAUGCAUAUGAAGAUUUAGGAAAUUUGAGCUGGAUAGUAAAGAUCCGUUACGAUUACUCGACGACGUGAUACUCAAGUAAAUCUAUCACUGCUUUGUGUGACAUUUCAGCUGUUUUCUGUUUUUGAAAAUGUGUUUGUUUGUUUCUUUUAUUCAUGCUUUUAUCAAAUUAUCAAAUGUAAAAACGAUGUAAAUACAUGUAAGGCACCAACCAAUAAUCGUUUGUUUGGCUCAUAAUAAAUAUAUAGAG